AUGACCUUGAAGACAUUCCAUUUUGCUGGUGUUGCCUCUAUGAAUAUCACGCAGGGAGUGCCGCGUAUCAAGGAAAUAAUUAACGCCGUCAAAGCUGUCUCAACUCCGAUCAUCACUGCGAAGUUGAUGAAUAGUCAAGACGAGAAGCUGGCACGACAGGUCAAGGCACGUAUUGACAUUACGACGUUAGGUGAAAUCUGUGAUUAUAUCGAAGAAGUCAACUUGCCUGACAACACGUUUCUCCUGUUGAAAUUGAGUUCGAGACGUAUCCGGAUUCUUCACUUAGAAGUCACAAUGACAAGUAUCGUGCAGAGCAUACUUUCCACAAAGAGUUUCGUGUCAUUCAAACUGGCUCAAAUUACUAUUGUGGGAAAGUCAAUGAUGGUUAUUCGACCACCAGCUGAUUCGAAGUUUUCAAGGGCAAUUACUAUUCAAAUAAUGAAGCAAGCUCUUCAGAAGGUCAUAGUGAAAGGUUUGCCAAGUGUGAGUCGCUGCGUGAUUCAUGCUGAUGAGAAGCGCGGUGAUGAGUACAGUAUCAUCGUGGAGGGUGGCGACUUCCGUGGUGUGCUUUCCGAACCAGGAAUCGAUGGUCGAUUCACGAACUUUAAUAAUGCCUUGGUCGUUGCUGAAGUGCUUGGAAUUGAGGCAGCGCGAACGUGCAUUAUCAGUGAAAUCAUUGGAACUAUGGAGGCCCAUGGUAUUGGGCUUGACAGACGGCACGUAAUGUUGCUAGCUGAUGUCAUGACAUACCGUGGGGAGGUACUUGGUAUCACAAGGAAUGGAUUGGUGAAAAUGAAAGAGUCAGUUCUACUGCUUGCUUCGUUCGAAAAAACAAUGGAUCAUUUGUUUGAGGCUGCUUUCUUUUCGCAGAAAGAUCCUAUACAUGGCGUUUCCGAGUGUAUUAUUCUCGGCAUUCCGAUUUCGGCAGGAACUGGUAUGUUCAAAUUGCAUCAAAAGCUUUCAGAUCCUAUUGAUUACACUCAUGGAGAACCUAUUUUCGUAAAACCACAGUUCCAUCUAAAAGUGUAA